UGUCCUCCCACUAGGAUGGGCAGAGUUUCAACGUGCUAGAUGAGGAGAGCUUCGCCAAGAGGAUCCUCCCGAAGCACUUCAAGCACAACAACAUGGCGAGCUUCGUGAGGCAGCUCAACUCCUAUGGCUUUCAUAAAGUUAUGCAAUAUGAUUCAGGCUCAGCUAAGCAAGAGCGACAUGGUUCUGGCAAAUAUCAGCAUCCCUUUUUCAGAAAAGGCCAAGAAGAGUUGCUGACAAAGAUAAAAAGGAAAGUGCCUUUACCCCGUAUAGAAAAUGGUAAGAUUGAUCCAGAAGAGAUCCACAAGAUGUUAGCAAUUAUCCAUCAUGUGCAAGGAAAACAGCAUGUAAUGGAUUCCAUGCUUGAAUCACUAAAAAGGCCCCUUAUGAUAGAUAGCACAGGAAACUACAAUCAACAGUCUGAUCAAGAACUAGUUGACCAGGGCCAGAAUACAUUCAUCAGAGACAGACUGGAUACUCGAACAUCGGAAUAG